CAGCCCCACUGGCCUUUCCUCUGCGAGUAAGAAAACUCGGUCGCAAAUCAGCAACUCAACCGCUCAUAUACUCUAUACUUCAAUCAGCAUGGUCUCUUUCACCACUCUCGCCCUCCCUCUUGUUGCGAUUACAGGCUCACUUGCCCAAUUCCUUGGUGGUGUUGGUGCAUCUGAAUCAGUAUCUUCAGGCUCAUACUACAACAGCCAGAUGACUACCGGCUACGGUGGCUUGGGCAUGAUGGGCGGUCUUGGCUAUGGUGGUCUUGGCUACGGCGGCCUUGGCUACGGUGGCCUUGGCUACGGCGGCCUUGGAAUGAUGGGGGACUUGGAUAUGGCGGUCUCGGAAUGAUGGGCGGUCUCGGCCACGGUGGUCUCGGCUACGGCGGUUUUGGUAUGAUGGGCGCGUACACCGGUGGCGCUGGCAUUUUCGGCCCUUCAGGUUCGAUCAUG